AUGCAAGGAAUAGGAAAGCUAAUGGACAUUAACAAUAUUGGCUUAGUGUGGCCAACUCUUGAAAAUACCGAGUAUUACUAUAGUCAUUUUAGAAGGCAAAUAGAGCCAGAACCACAAAAUAAGUUGAGUUUUAACUGUCCUGCUAGCUGCAUUAGAAACAAUAAACAGAAAUUACCCUGAUAUGAGAGAUUAUAUUGUAAAUUUAUUUUACGAAGACAAAGGUGCUUUAAUGAAGCUCAUCUCAAUUUGAACUUACCAUCAAGAUGAAGCUAA